AUGGCAAAUAACAGGAGCCUAGAAAAUGCCAGGAACAUGUACGACCCUACCGAUUUCGUCUUCCCUCGAGACUACUCGUUUCCGCCGUUUUACACCAUCCAACCCAACCUUACAACUCGCGAGAAACAGUUCCAGAAAUGGUCGUCCUUUAUCCAAGCGUACUGCCGACACCACCGCAUAUACCGUCUUUCACUAAUAGAUACGAUAUCUGCGCCUCUGUUCUACAAUGCGGAGCUGAAAAAGGGACUGGGCCUGGCGGACGCAGUGAAUAUCGUCGACUGGAUGGCUGGCACAAGCGGGGGGAAACGCGCAGAAUGGAUUGGAGGUGAGAAGACAAUAGCAUGGAUAUGGUGGAAACGGCCAGAGGAAUGGGCCAGUGUGCUUGCGGGCUGGGUUGAAGAAACAGCUCAGAAAAACACAGUCCUCACGCUCUAUGAGCUCAUGGAGGGAGAAGCAACAGUUUCCCAGGAAUUCCAUAAGAUGGAUCCCGAAGUUAUGCAGAAAGCUCUCCAGGUCCUGGCCAAACAGGGCAAAGCCCAGGUGUUUGGGAGUGAAGACCAGCAGGGUGUCAAGUUCUUCUAG